AGCCCUGUACCAGCUCCGAGUACCAUCAGCAUGAAGGGAAUCGGCAAGGCAUUCGCACGCGCACCGCACCUGAUCGGCUCCAAGGUGGGCAUGGGCAAGCAGUCGGUCGACGCAGAAACCAACGAGCUCGUCCGCAAGUUUGCCGGCCUCGAGGAGUACACCGCCAAGCUCGUCAAGGACUCGAGCAGCUUCCGCGAGGCCGUCUCGAGCAUGCUCAUUUCGGGCGCCGGUUUCGCCACGACUUUCACGGCGCUCCUCACGCCGUUCGACGGCGAGGGCGCCCUCACGGCCCGCUUCCCGCAGGCCGAGACGACCCUGCGCAACAUCGACCACUACCACGAGCUCAUGGGCGAGCUGCGCGACGCCGUCCAGCCCGAGCUCGAGCUCAUCGACGCGCGCGUCACGGCACCGCUCAAGGAGUACCAGGAGCUUCUCAAGAAGAUUCGCAAGACGGUCACCAAGCGCGAGCACAAGCUCGUCGACUUUGACCGCCACAACAACUCGUACAGCAAGCUCAAGGACAAGAAGGAAAAGUCGCUGUCGGACGAGAAGAACCUGUUCAAGUACGAGCAGGACCUCGAGCUCGCCACCCAGGAGUACGAGCACUACAACAACAUGCUCAAGGCCGAGAUCCCGCACUUCCUCGCCCUGUCGACGAGCCUCAUCACGCCCAUCUUCCAGACGUUCUACUACAUCGAGGUCGGCAUCCUCUACACGCUCCUCGAGAAGAUGCAGGCCUUUACCGGCCAGACGUACGGCGACCUGUCGAUCGACAACCUCGAGUCGAUGCACUACGAGCGCAGCGGCGAUGCGCCCGAGCAGAUCGACAACCUGAGCAUCACCAAGCGCAUCACGAGCACGGCCCGCUUCAUGUCGCAGCACCGUACCUCGUCCGGCUCGUCGGCCGGCCCGGCCUCGACCCUCGGCCGCACGGCGUCCUACUCGUCGUCGACGGGCGCGCCCUCGACCUACGGCUCGGGCUCGGGCGUCGGCGCCGUCGCAGGCGGCAGCGUCGCCCCGCCGGCCUACACGCCCCCGACCUCGGCCGCUGCCGCGCCGCUCGCGGGCAAGAGGGCCCCGCCGCCGCCGCCGGGCCGGCCCGGCGCCCAGAAGGAGUACGCGACGGCCCUGUACGACUAUGCGGCGACGGCCGACGGCGACCUGUCGUUCAACGCCGGCGAGCGCAUCGAGAUCGUCAAGCGCACCGAGUCGGCCAACGACUGGUGGGUCGGCCGGCGCGAGGACGGCAGCGAGGGCAACUUCCCCUCGAGCUACGUCCAGACGGCGUAGCCUCCCCCUCUCCUCCUCCUCUCUCCCCUGUCCUCUCUUCUGUGUCUCCUGUCGUCUCGAGCUGUGCGAGCGGUGGAACGAGAAUCGCUGUGCUCUGUG